AUGACCAAAGACGCGCCUUUUUCAAUAUUAGACUCAAAACAGCGCGAUUCUGAUGAACAAGCAAGCAGCGUGCAGGCAUGGCUGCAUUUGCAUCUCGACAAUUACGUGGAACUCGCCUUGCUAGACAAAGUUCCUGAACUAAAAGACGGCGAUUCCUGGAUCGGUGACGGUACACCUUUGCUGUGUCUUGCUCAUCGCUUUUGCCCGACGGCCAUACCCGAUCUACUCUUUACUUUACGAGACGAGUCGAACAACACGAGCACACCGACAGACAAGAUAUCCCUCGCUGCACGCAUAUUCGAAAGCGAACUACACGUCUCGAUACCAACCAAUGCAGAACAAUUAAUACACAAUAAAGACUCAGCAAUUGCCUACAUGUCGUCGCUCAAACAAACCAUUGACGAACAGCUACCGUCUACAGAGCAAACGCUUCGGAUGACACAGCUCAGCAUGGUCUCUGAGCGGCAAUAUAUCCAGGUCACCCGGCGUACCCGCGAAAGUACGGUUGAAGACGACGAGUUUGAACGGCGUGCAACUCAUGUGCUCAACAAAAUUAGCCAACUGCGGAACCAGCUCAAUGACAUGACUUUGGUAACGACCAUGAGCACGACGUCGUCCUCCUCGGCAGUGGCCGGUUCUCGACCUUCUGGUGCUGCAAACACUACCGCAAUAACAGCAAUCGCUAACGACGAUAUUGGAAGGGAUAAAAAACUUGGAUCGUCGAUCAAUCUGAUGGAUGAUGCGGAUAGCAGCAACAGUAACAAUGUCGAUCUGACCGCCACUGUUCAGCAAUUUGAAUCUGCCUUACAGGCAUUUAAAGAGGGCGAGCUGGCUGAGAUUCAUGCGUACAUCCGCGAUAUGUCGGAAGAUGCACGCACAAGCGUGUACGCACGCAUACAAGCUAUUGACGCAGCACAUGCAGCACUAGAGGCACAGUUGCAAGAUGAUUUCAGGGCUAUCCGCAUGGGUGUGCGAUUCGCGCAGCUGACAACACCUAUUCGCAACGAGCUCGAGUUUAUUCAGGCCAAGAUGUUGAAGACAACAACAACAGAAGAAGGCAUUCGUGAGCUGGAAGAUCGCACACGUCGCGCAGGAUCCAUGAUCAAUGACAUGGAGGCAAAGUAUAGCUCCAUGUUAAUAGGCGCAAUCGCAGGUGUCGGCCGUGAUGAAAAUGGCGGCGAUGAGGGUCAUCAAGAACUAGAUCCUGGUCAGCAACGGUCUUACCGCGUUCAUUUUGAUGCACUGAAGCAAAAGCACAGGCUAGUCAGCUCCUGGGUGGAUGAAGUGCGGGUCUGGUUUAUCGAAGCUGAACGGAUACGACGAUGGAUCGAAGAGCGAAUCAAGGCAAUUGAUUCCGAGCCAGUCAAAGACGCGCUGCAAUCGGAAGAUUUGACCGAGUACACGUUGGCCAUGGUGGAUGCGCUCAAUGCGAAACACGAAAAGAUGGAAAAGGAAGUUGAAAAGCUGAAUAAGGAAGAUAUGACACGCUUGCGUGCUCAUGUCAAGACGCUGACCGGCUCAGACAAGCAGGGCGACAAAGAUCUCAGUCCUGCGGACACGACGACAAUCGAAAUCACAUUUUCAACACUCAUGUCUCUGGAUAAGCUCAUGCAUCUUUUGCGUCGUCGCUCCUACGAUCUGCAGAUGUUGACAUUACGACUUUUUUGGGAACUAGAGCACAAGAAAGCCAGCGCCUGGGUCACCGCCACGGAUAGUGAAGUCGAUGAAUUGCUGCAGAGGGCACGAUGGCAGCAAGACGAAGAAAAAGCAAGCGAUCGUGCCGAAGCCGAAGCGAUGAAAAACAUGACGGUUCACAUGCUACUCGAUAUUGAACAACGCGCUUCCGAGUUCGAUCAAGGACAGUUCACAACGACGGUCAACAUGUACCAGGAAAUGGAUGAUUCGUCCAAGGUGGAGCUCCCGCCGCAUCUGGAAUCUCGGCAAGUGGAUGUGGAAGAGGCGUUCGAGGCGGUCACCAAACGGCUCAACUAUGUGCGUCAAGUUGUUGAGCAACGGCUGACGGUGGUCGAUCUCGUUUAUCGUGCCGACGAAUUAAUGAUGUCUGGUGAACAAUUGCGCGAGGAGAUCACUAUAGCCGAGCAACAAGCGACUGAUGCAGACUCCGACCGGGACUUCACGGAACAGAUCCGAACAUUUCAGGAACAGGCGGUGCAGCUGGUGACCACAGUAGCCGCACGGAUCCGCUAUCCAGAAAUUCCAUAUCCGCCCUCUGACAUGAUCGAGAACGAUAAAGUGAAUGAUACGGUGCGCGCGGCUAUCAGUGCCCGAAAAUCAUCGCUUAUUUUGCUUGGCGAAGCGCUGGAUCACAAAUUACAAUCAUAUCGCCGCGUCUUGCAGCUACAAAAAUCCGCCAGUCAACUCAGUGACGACAUCCAUCAGUUGGAAGAAACGGUCGAGAAGCAAAUCAAGAUUCUGGAGGAUGCAAAAGUGGACGUGUUUGUUGCCAAGUGCCCUGUGGGAGAUGACGAGUUUAAACUACUUGACAAAGAGCGCGAGGAACAGCUUUCCAAGGCAGGCAAUUUGAAAAACUCGGACUGGAAGAUCCUCAAAGAUUAUUUGGACUCGCUAAAGCAUGAUGUCGAUUUGGCGGGCGCUGUUGCUAUCCAAACUGGAGUCCUCUAUGGUAGCAUGGAAAGACUGUACAGGCGAAUCGAAGAACUGGAAGGCAUGCUUGCUGCCCAUAUUAAGGGAUUGGAAGCUCUCAAAAAGCGUAUGACCUGGGAGGAAGAACACGAAAAGGUGACACGCAUCAUCACGUCGACAAUCCAAACUGUCUGGGAGAUUAUUUGGCAAAUGCAGUGGAAGCCCAAUGUCGACGAUCUUUUGGCCGAAGAUGUAUUGAAACAAAAGAUGAAUACGCUGAAACUCAAGGUCGAUGAUUCCCAAACGUCACAGCACGUCGAGUCAGCGCAAAAAUCGUAUGAAGCAAUGAUCAAUGAUCUGUCAAGUCUCUUGGACGACUCGCAACAAAGCGAAAAUUUACCCAGCCUAUUUAAACAACGGCAAGAUGCUCUACAGCAGAGUGUACAAGACCUACAAGACUCUGUCGAAUUUGCGCAUUGUGUCCACGAGCAGCACGCUGCACUUAUUCAAUUCAUGAACAAGGCAGUGUCGAUCCACGCAACAGGUCAGGGCAUCGCUGAUACCCUUGAAAAUGCAAUUAAGAACGUCAUGGAGGGCGAGCCACAACAGUUUGACGACCCAAUCCAGCAGUUCGAUCAGUCGCUAAAAGAUUGGUGGACACAGUAUGGAGCAUGUAUUCCGUAUCCUACCAGCUCAGCAAACGCUCGCGCCAGUCAUCCAUCCUCGUCAACGGACGACCACACAGUCAACAAUGACAUCAAAACCGUAGUCGAGACCCAGCGAUCAGCACUCGAGGAACUUGGACAAAAGUUGCAUGAUCUGGCAGACAAAUUUGAUACGGCAUCCAAGCUGAAACAGCAGAUCGCCGAGCUUUAUACCACCGCCAAACAGCAACAAGAACAAGCUGAAGGGAUUCUGUCAUCCAUCGCUGGUCAUCGUCAAGAUCUUUCAACCGAUAUCAUGGAUAUAGAUGCAUUGCCCGACAUGAAUGGGUUGAAGGCUGCCAAUCAAGGAUUCAGGGAACAAGUCGAAAAAUCAGCGGCAGCAUUGAACGGGUUGCGCGACCGUUGCACUAAAAUUGACCAGACGAUAUACAGCUCUAAAUGCCAUCCCGAGGUGUCAAUAACAAUGGCUUCUGGUGCUGUAGAGUCUCUUGCUUCCCUUAUCGACACACUUGAUAAGGUUGCAGGUCGUCAUUCGGAAGAACUGGAUGUUACCUCGGAGCGGAUCGAUUGGGAGAAGCAAAGCCAAAAUGCCAUUAAGAGGGCGGAAGUUUUACAAGAUGAGCUGCGGCAGCUUGUUGAUCGCAAAAACACAAUUACGCCUGGUAAUGUGGAUCAACAAGAAGAACUGGCAGAUUUGAAGGCACAAGCAGAGUCGAUCCAACAAAGUGUAUCCCAGCUUUCGAACGAGACGUUGCUACCAUCACAAGAGUCUUACGAUCGUGUGAUAUCCACGUAUGCAUCUAUCUCAGUCGAUGUUCCCCAGGCAGUCAUCGUGAGGCAAUCUGCUUUUAAGGGGUUACUAUCCCGAUUAUCGGACAUGUCAGAACAAACCAAGGGCGAGUUGGAUUACUUGAUCGAGCGAUCGUCCUGGGAACGGGCUGCUAACGCUGUCACUGAUUCAUGCACCCAGCAAGAACAGCAAAUCGAAGACUUUAUACAACACCGUGCACGUUGGUCGAUGGAUGGAAGCAGCCCUACAGCUUCAACGGGAACAGAUGCAUGGAAGGAUCUGAGUCAACUUGAACAACAAGUCGUUAAUGCAGCACAGCAGAUGGCUGCCCUUAUUGAGCAGUGCCAAACUUUGAUAAAUCAGCACAUGGAAGCACCCGACACGCUAGUCCGACGAAAAAAAGCAUUGAAAACCACAGUGCAACGGCUACAGGAUCAUUUGGCUUUUGCAAAGCAAGUCUUGGAUCAGCGCGAUACUUUUACUGCAUAUCUCGAGCAAGCACAAGUGCUUGAAUCAUCUUGUGAUGCCAUCAAGGACGGUAUCGAACAAGGCGUAGCGGGUCAAGAUCAAGUAGACGCAUACACCCAACGCGUUAACACAUUUUGUCUCGAUGAUAGUAGUUUGCCGUACCCUAUACGCAGCUACAAGAAUCAUGAUUCUCGUUGCCGAUCGCUCGAUGAAAACUCCAAUAUCGUUAUUGCUGAAGCGUUUGAUGCUCACCAUGCGCGUCUCAAAGAGCUUCCUCUUGUACUUGCAUCUGCACUUAGAUCAAAGCAGCUACAAACCGAACGUCAAGCAGCAGGUGAUGCUUACAUGACCGAGGCUCAAACAGUGGAGGACUGGAUUAAUGCAAAACUCGAAUCGCUCGACAAGGUACUCGACCUUGAUGAUACCGGUGUCAGCAACAGCCUGCAGCAACGACAAAAGGCAGACAAACGUCGAUCGGCGAUUGCAACUGUGGAUGCCACCUUUGCUGCCAUGCAGACAUACAACACUGCAUACAACUCCUUAAAGCUACAGGCACGCAAGCUCGAUGACAACGAUCAUGUCCAUGAACGUCAAACCCAGAUUGAUCAACUUUGGCAAAAGCUCUCCAGCAGCACUGGUGUCGAUACCAAGGAAAUGCUAAAGGAAAAAUUGCGUCAGGCAGAGUUCAAGCAAUCCGUCGACGAGUUUGAAGACCAGCGCAAGAAACUGCAAGACCGACUUGACGCUGUUGAUCUCUCGGUGCUCAGUGAUGAUCAAAUGGCAGAGUGGCGAGAACAGGCGCAGGAAUUAAAAAGCCAAUAUCUUGAAAAGCUGGGCACUUUCCAUCGGGAUGGAGACGAAAAGGCACAGUUUGAACAAGUUGCGUCGGAUCAUCAGAAUCUGACGGCGUCUUUGCAGGAUUUGGAUAAGCGGCUACACAAGCAUCGUCUCGCGACCGACUAUGAUAAGCGAACCGACGCUUUGACCGAAUUUAUGCAUCAAUUGACGAGUGAGUUAGAAGCAAUGCGCGACAAGUACGGUUACACUGACGGUAUCAACACUGAAGAAGACGGAGCCAAGGCUGAGAUCUUUACAAAGGCCUAUGAUGACGCACACCAACGCUUGCAAGAACAGUUAGAAAAAGUCGAAGUACAACGCUCUUUCUUCAGAUCACUGCAAAUCCAAGAUGCAGUAACGGAUGAUAUUCGUGCACGUCAGUCCAUAUUUGAAAACGAUUACCAUCUUUUAGAAACUGCUAUGGAAGAUGCCAAGUCUUCAAUGGAGCAUUUCUUCCAGUGGCGCGACUUGCAUGUGAAAUUACAAACGAUUCAAGGCAGCGUGGCUAACAUAGACGACGAUCAUAUCGAACAAGCUAACGAUGCUCUUGCAGCUCUCGAAUCUGAACUGGCAAUGGCCCAAACAAUGGCAGAUAAGCUUGUAGCAAGUAGCGACGGCCAACAGCAGCAGCAACAGCAACAAAUCAACAAAUCAAAGUUUAUGCAGAAACAUGACGCGGUGGCCGCGAUAGUAAUAUCAGCAAAGAAAGCAUUGGAUAUCAAGGCACAAGAGGCUCGAGAACGUGAAUCACUUGAAUCAUGUCGUGCAGCAACCGAUGCUAUUAAAGAACGUUGCGGUCGAGAGAUUGCAGCAAUAAAGGCGCGUAUCCGAUCAGCCGGCAACCGCUGUGCAGACUUGUUUGAAGACAUUAGCUCGAUCGAAAAACACUAUCGCAGAGCAAGCAUUGGCUCGGCAUCAAGUCAAAUCGGUGUUUAUGACGAUCUUACCGCGAAGCUGAAUAGUGUGGAAGCAAAAGCUGGUAGCGAUGGAGAAAAAUUGCUUGUUGCAGAAACACGAGACUCGUUGCGCAGCUUGAGCAAUGCAAUCACCUCAGAGCAACGGUGGAACGAUAUGGUGCGACGAGCAUUGGGACACGCAAAGACGGCCGAAAAUAUCACGUCGUGGGUCAACAAUUGCAAGAAUGCUAUCGACAACAUUUCAGAGAACAUGGAUAUAUCGUCCGACAAGGACAUGGAUGCCGAAAUGCGUGAUAUCCAGCACCGAAUCAAUGACUUUACUACCAUCAUUGAGUCGUUCAAGGGCAUGACACAAGGCAUUAUGCAAGUCAACAGCUCUAGUGGUGAUGGUAACGACAACGAGUUGUCGGCUGCCGUCGAGGCGUUGAAGAACCAUGUUAUCCAACCCUGUACCGAACGGAUCGACUCAGAAUGGAACGCACUUCAAGAGCAAUUAUCGAACCUGGAAGUAUCGAUGGCAAAAGCAUCCAAGGGAGUUGCUGUUGUUCGCCAGAUGAAGACUGUACUGAAGCUGUGCAGUGACACACGUGGUCGACUGGAUCUUCUUGAACGCGAUCCGUCUCGAGUGACGCUCUCUUCGGCGCAUAAGCAACAGCACAGACCGCUGUCGGGUAUUCUCCGCGAGCAGGAUGUUUUGGCUAUUGAGCAAGCGCUAAAUACAAUUGAGAGCGAAGGACAAGACCAUGCACAGCGUGAGCUGCAAAAGCUGGACGCCAUGAUUGCGGAUUUCGGCGAUGCAGACGGUGCAUUUGUGCAACAACGAAGCGAGAUGGAAGCAGCGCUGGAUAACAUGACGACAGCUAUGAGCAACAAGCGACACGAUUUGGCCAAGGCGCUUGAAGUCGGCAAGUGCUUGAUGAUCACCGACGACAUUGACGUGCUUGUCGAUGCACUGGGAGAUGCAGUUGAGAAAGCGAAAACAGCGACUGCUGCUAACAAGGCCAGUACAACCAACAAGGCGGAUAUGCAAGGCAAAUAUAUUGAGCUCGACGCACGAUACAAGUACUAUGAGCGCAAAAUCACACAGAGUCUGGAAGCUGCACGACUUGCUACCGACGAUAUUUCGGACCAAAAAGACCGCGAUAUGAUUGUUAAACACAUUGGCGAACUGAAAAAGCGCUGGGAUGGCGUGGAUCAGCAAGCAAAGACACAACGAGCCGAACUGAGCAAAGCGUUAGCGGCUGGCCACGUAAACCGAGGACGUAAAUCGUCUCUGCCAACACGCAAGGCAACCAAUGUCCUGCGCGAACGGGAACGAUCGCCAUCGCGAUUGCCUGCACCGCCAGGUGGCUCCCAUGGCAACACGAGCUCGCCGUUGUUAUCUGCCACCAGUCGUCUUUUACCAUCCACAUCCACAUCGCUACCGCGUCCAACUGCACGACCUACUGCCACUCACACCACCAGCACGAGCCGCUUGACACCGCCCUCUGUACGACGGCCACCACCGUCGCGAUCCAUCAGCAACACGAAAAAACCGCCAGCACCGCCACCGAACAAAUACGUGGCCGAUCCAAAGAACGAUCUCGACAUGGAAAUUGGCCGGAUUGUCAACGAAACGCCGUACCGAGUCAAGGUCAAGAUGGUACCUGGCGAAGUGGGACGGUACUGGUUUGGUGAUGCGAAUCCCAAGCUGGCAUACUGCCGCGUUCUGAAAAGCAAAAUGGUGAUGGUCCGCGUUGGCGGUGGCUGGAUGGAGCUCUCACAAUUCCUUCGUGGCCAUGCAUUAUUGGAAGGUGACUUUAUACCCAAAACAGCAGAGCCUGACCAACCUGUGUUACCUGUGCAAGAAGGCUUCAUUGAAACCCGGAGACGGCAGCCGCAUAUUCGAUCACGUUCACGGUCUCCGUCGUCGUCUUCGUCUUCGGCCAAACCCACCACCACUGCUGCUACUACAACUACUUCUAUCGUCAGUAACAACAACAACAGCAGCAACAACAAUAAUAAUUACAAUAGCAGUACUAGUAGCAAUAGUAGUAGUAGUAAAAAUCUGCUGCCGUUACCACCAAGUAAAAGCAUCAGCAGCUCGCGGUCCACGCCACAAAAGACCCAGACUGGGUACAUUGACGGCGACCGGUAUAUAGCGGUGGAUCGGUAUGGAAACCAGCUGGAAGUGAAGAUGACAAAGAUGACCGAAAGCACGAGCGGUAGCGCGCGUAUGAAAUCUAGACAAUAA